GUGUCUCCUCACCAUGGCAGCAGCUCUGCCGGCGUGCUACCACGGCAGCAUCAGCAGGCAGGAGUGUGAGACUCUGCUGGGACAGAAGAACAAGGAUGGAGCCUACCUGAUUCGGAACAGCGAGACCAUCCAGGGAGCCAUGUGUCUGUGUGUCUAUAAACAGAGGGUGGUGUAUACCUACAGACUGCUUCAGUCGCACUCCGGACACUAUACACUUGUGACAUCAGGAGGUUUGGAGGAGACAUUUUUUAAGUCUCUGAACGAUCUGAUUCGUCAUUAUAAGAGGAAGAACCAGGGUCUCGCCAUGCACCUGCGCCACUCUAUCAAAAGGAAGACGGCCAUAUUGGUUCACCCUCAAAAACCAACUGAGAAACCACCUGAAGAAGAGCCAGGGAAGAUGAUGGUGCCUGUAGCUGAAGAAGACCAUUGCUAUGAGAAUGAUCCUGACUCAUCUGAUUAUGUCGUUGUUAUCCCUGAUUAACUCCGAGACACAUGAAAACAGUGCCAAAAAC